AAGAGCGGGACAGCCUACAGAUGUUCUAGCUAAAUUAAAUGUAUUGUGUCAUGAGUUACAGUGCGACGGUUAUAUAAUGUGUCAGUGUUUACCUCGUUAGUUAACUACGUGACAUGUUUUAUACAUUUCGUAAGCUACUUAUCCAUUCGUAAAUGCAGAGAAACUGUAGCUAUUAAAGGUACGAUUAGCUGGAUCAUAACAAAUUGCUGUAUACGAGAACAGCUAAGUUAGCCAACGUUAUCAUACCCAACUUGUAUUAGAUCCAGUUGCAGUUUAAUGUUCGCUACCGAUAGCUAGAUAGACUAACAGUUUCUGCUCGUUUGAGAGAUAUGUCGCUAUUUCCAUCUCCAGUAUCUAUCGCAACAUGUACUUAUAAUAUGACCUGUGAAAUAAGAUAGCUAAAAAACACUUGAUUUGUGUCCGAAUCUAGCUAGCUCACUAUAACGUUGUAUAGGCUGGAUCUACUGUACUGUAAGUAACAGUAGUUAAGAGUUGGCUGCCUCGUUAAGUUAGUUAGUCUACGCUUUAACAAAGUCCUGGACUUCAGACUACAGAAAAUGUCUGCAACAGUAAAUCUUGAGCUGGACCCCAUCUUUUUGAAAGGUCUGGGGUACCUUCAUUCAAAAAGUAAAGAUUCCGCCGAGAAACUCAAAGCUCUGUUGGACGAAUCUUUAGCUAGAGGAAGCGACUCGCCUUACAGGACGUCUCACAAGGAAGUGGACGUCAGUCGCGGAUCUGUCACAAAAGUGACCUUGACCAAACCCGAGAGUAAAUCGUCUUCCGGUUCCUCAUCAUCAAGCAUCAAUAAUGGGAAAACUGGCAACUUGGAGAAGAGCAAGAAAGAGGCUGAAAAAAGGCCUUCGGAAAAGGUCAAGGUGGAUGUUGUCGAUGGAGCCGAGCCGCCAAAGAAGCCUCGUCUGGAGAAGCAGGAGAACCGCUCCUCUCCCAUCACCGUCCAGAUCAGCAAGGAGCUGAGCAUGCCCGACCUCUCCAGCUUUGAGGAGACCAGCGCCGACGACUUCGCCAUGGAGAUGGGCCUGGCCUGUGUGGUGUGCCGGCAGAUGACGGUCACCUCGGGCAACCAGCUCGUGGAGUGCCAGGAGUGCCACAACCUGUACCACCAGGAGUGCCACAAGCCGCAGGUGACGGACAAGGACGUGAACGACCCGCGGCUGGUGUGGUACUGCGCCCGCUGCACGCGGCAGAUGAAGCGCAUGGCCCAGAAGACUCAGAAGCCUCCGCAGAAGGCGUCUCCGGCGGCCGUGAGCCCCGCCCCGGUGGUGAAGGACGCCCUGCUGAAGAAGGCCGAGGCCAGGCCAAAGCAGGACACGCCCAGCACCUUCCAGGCCUUCAAGAGAGCGGAAGUCAAGGUGUCCACGGCGGCGGCGGCUAACGUCUCUGGCGGCGGCGGCGGCUCCUCCGUCCCCGCCUCCAGCGGUCUGACGGGGUGGGCCGCGUUUGGCGCUAAGACGGCCGCCGCGGGUUCGACCGCCGCCGCCAAGCCGAGCUCGUUCCUUCAGAGCGGCGGGGGGAAGGCCGCCGCGUCCGCAUCCGCGUCCUCCCAGAAACCCGCGGGGCUCUCCGGGCUGGCCGCCGCCAAGACGGGCCCGUCCGCUAAGGCCUCGGCGGGGGGCUCUGCUGGCGAGGCGUCCGGCCCGGUCCCCCUCAGGCCCCCGCCCCCCCUCACCCUGGGCAAGCCGGGCCUGAACCGGGCCUCCAGCGGCGACAGCGGCAGCAAGGCGGGCGUGUCCGGCGCCGGCGGCGGCCCGCCCAGCGGCAGCGGUAAUGGCGGUUCGGGGGGAAACGGCGGCGGCGGCAGCAGCAGCAGCAGCAGCAGUAGCGGUGGCGGUAACAGUAACAAUGGCACCAAGGCUGGUGGCGAGUCCUCCGCCGGAGGUAAGGGGGCAGGGCAGACUUCCCAGGAGUCUCAGCUCAGCGCUCUGAAGCGUCUGCAGAUGGUGAAGAAGAAGGCCGCGCAGAGGAAGCUGAGGAAGUAGCGGCCGGCUAAACGAGCUAAAGGAUACGGUGCCUUCUGGGAUAGAUUCGGGGGUGUGCUAUCGAAUAUUUAUAUUUUAUAUGUUUUUUAAGUAUCUAAAAAAACAACAAGAACCAACGUCAGGUUAUAUUUACUUGAAUUACACUGAGAAUCUGCUGCUGGCUCUUCUGGACUGGUUUAAUGCUAUGGCUAGAGCCACCAUGUGACCUGCAGGGAUUUAAACUUGUAUUUCAGUGGUUGUCCUCCAGGGGUCCCCAUAGGCACUCCAACAGCACAGUCAAGUGGCUAAUAGGAGAACUGAGUUUCUGAUUGAGACAUGUAUAAAAACAAAACGUUUAUCUAAUAUGGGGAGAGGAAGGAAGGAAGGAGAACGUGGAGGGAGGUUUAAAUGCUACAAAAGAGCGUGUUAAACCAGUUGAUUACCCGGUUAACUCUGAUUAACUAAUCCGGUUAACUGAUUUCUUGGGCCUGAAUCGGUGACCGAUCACUGAAAAAACCAAAAAGGGACGUUGUGAGUGCAGGCCUUUGCAUUAGCCCAGCACUUAGACAGCUGAUUAUACUUCAAGUCUUAAGUAGUUCAUUAGUUGAAUCAUGAAUGAUUUUUUUAUUUAACUUUUUUUUGUGCACGUUAAACAACUACUCUCAUUUUUAAUGUGGGCAUUUCCCACUGCUUCUGACAAAACCAAUCAUGUACAACCCUGCAUAAGGGGACACAAAGUGGCCCUAGGAAUGGCUCAGUUUAUUAAAUCUAACGAUUACUGAAUUCAGUAAAAUAAUAAUAAUUUAGUUAAUUAAUUGAUUUUUUAAUCAAGAGUUCACGCUAAUGAUAACAAGCCGUUGAUCCAUACUGUCAAUCCAUCCUGUCUAAUAUAUAGUACUUUUUCAGGUUCGGGAAGUUCUGCAAAUUACUUGGACGCAAAUUGUGUGUCAGAUCUUCUGUCAUUUUUCAAGUGUGCCUUUCAUGAUGUAUGUAUAAUGCUUUCGUAAGUUCCAAACUUAUGUAAACCUGUGAAUAUCGCACUUUAUUCCCAAACAUUAAAUGUUGGUGGUAACAUCUUCCAU